ACCUUUGUAUGGCUUUUCAAUUUUAGUUGAAAUUCCCUCUAUGGCCUUUUGGAGUCCUGUGGUGUGUCUCCAGAGUAAAUUUCGAUUACUCUACAUUUCAUCAAUGUUGGCGUGGCAAGAAAAAGGAGGAGCUGAUUUGGGUGAAAAGCUUUUUUUUCUAGGUAUAACAAACUGUAAACUUUAAAAAGAAAAAAAAAGUGAAGAUGGGUGAAAAGAAACCAGAGCCUUUGGACUUUGUGAAAGAUUUUCAGGAAUAUCUGACUCAGCAGACCCAUCAUGUGAACAUGAUUUCUGGAUCAGUUAGUGGGGACAAAGAAGCAGAGGGUCUUCAGGGAGCUGGAACAGAUGGUGAUCAAAAUGGACUUGAUCACCCAUCUGUUGAAGUUUCCCUGGAUGAAAACUCAGGAAUGUUAGUAGACGGGUUUGAACGGACCUUUGAUGGAAAGCUCAAAUGUCGGUACUGCAACUAUGCCAGCAAAGGGACAGCCCGGCUUAUCGAACAUAUCAGAAUCCACACAGGUGAGAAACCUCAUAGAUGUCACUUAUGUCCAUUUGCAUCUGCUUAUGAGCGUCAUCUGGAAGCCCAUAUGCGUUCCCAUACUGGAGAAAAACCAUACAAAUGUGAAUUAUGUUCCUUCCGCUGCAGUGAUCGAAGUAACCUGUCCCAUCAUCGAAGACGCAAGCAUAAAAUGGUACCAAUCAAAGGUACUAGGUCUUCUUUGAGCAGCAAGAAAAUGUGGGGGUUUUUACAGAAGAAAACAAGCAAUUUGGGGUAUAGCAGACGAGCACUAAUCAACUUGAGUCCACCUUCCAUGGUGGUUCAGAAACCAGACUACCUUAAUGAUUUUACCCAUGAAAUCCCAAAUAUUCAGACGGACUCCUUUGAAAGUAUGACGAAAACCACACCAACUGGUGGCCUACCAAGGGACCCCCAAGAACUCAUGGUUGACAACCCUUUAAAUCAGCUCUCAACUCUAGCGGGACAGUUGUCCAGUUUGCCACCUGAAAACCAAAACCCUGCAUCCCCUGAUAUAGUUCCCUGCCCUGAUGAAAAGCCUUUCAUGAUUCAGCAGCCCUCAGCCCAAGCAGUAGUUUCUGCUGUGUCAGCAAGUAUUCCUCAGGGCUCCUCUCCCACAAGCCCCGAGCCUCGGCCAUCACAUGGUCAAAGGAACUACAGUCCAGUGGCAGGUCCGAGCAGUGAACCAAGUGCCCACACAAGUACCCCCAGCUUAGGAAAUAGCCAGCCGAGCACUCCAGCCCCCACCCUGCCAGUCCAGGAUCCUCAGCUUCUGCACCACUGCCAGCACUGUGACAUGUAUUUUGCAGACAAUAUUCUUUACACUAUUCAUAUGGGAUGUCAUGGGUAUGAAAAUCCUUUUCAGUGUAAUAUAUGUGGAUGCAAAUGUAAAAACAAGUAUGAUUUUGCCUGUCAUUUUGCAAGAGGGCAACAUAACCAACACUGAUUUAAAACAAUCACAUUGUGCUCUAUUUGGUUUUUUACCUUUUUGGGCUUUGUGGGUUGAUUUUGUUAGUUUUGGUCUUCCCUAUUAAGGUGUCUCCUAAUUUAACAUUUAUACAUUAUAUUUCUAGAAGGUAGGUUUGACAGUGGAAACAAAAUAUUCCCAUUUUUUUCAUAAAAAUUUGGUCAGGACAAUUUAUGUGUUAGAACAGUUAGGCAGAUUGGUGUCUCUAUCUUUCAUCUAGACAUUUGAGAAUUGGAGUUCGAGCAUAAUCUUAUAGGUGUUCAUUUAAAUUUCCCACUUUUAUGGCCCAUAAAAACUUCACGACUUAUCCUUACUUUUGAAAUAUCAGUAUAUUCUUGGGUAGUUCUGCCACAUAUCAAAAUGAUAGAAUAUUUCCUCUUACUAUAUUUGUUACAACUUAUUUCAUUGUUUAAUAGGGGAAUUGCUUUUAAAUUUGUUCUUAAUUAAAAUACUA